GGAAGCGGAAGGGGCAUUAGCAAGAUGGCGGCGGCAGCAGAGGGGGUGCCGGCUGGAGUCGGCUCCGAGUCUUCGGCCCCGCCGGUGUGCGUGCUGGUGCUGGGCAUGGCGGGCUCUGGGAAAACCACCCUGGUGCAGAGGCUCACUGCUCAUUUGCAUAGCCAGAAUUCCCCGCCCUACGUCAUCAACCUGGACCCCGCUGUGCGCGAGCUCCCCUUUCCAGCCAACAUCGAUAUCAGAGACACAGUGAAGUACAAAGAAGUCAUGAAACAAUAUGGUCUGGGCCCAAAUGGUGGAAUAGUGACUUCUCUUAAUCUCUUUGCCACAAGAUUUGAUCAGGUGAUGAAGUUUAUUGAAAAGCGACAGAACACAUCUCAAUAUGUUCUUAUUGAUACACCAGGACAGAUUGAGGUGUUCACCUGGUCAGCCUCAGGCACUAUCAUCACUGAGGCACUGGCUUCCACUUUUCCUUCAGUUGUCGUUUAUGUGAUGGACACAUCUCGCAGCACCAGCCCUAUCACCUUUAUGUCUAACAUGUUGUAUGCUUGCAGUAUCCUGUACAAAACAAAACUACCUUUUAUUUUGGCCAUGAACAAAACAGAUAUCAUUGAUCACAGUUUUGCAGUAGAAUGGAUGCAGGAUUUUGAGAUCUUUCAAGAUGCCUUGAAUCAAGAGACAACAUAUGUUAGUAACCUGACUCGUUCCAUGAGCCUGGUGUUGGAUGAGUUUUACAGCUCACUCAAGGUGGUUGGUGUUUCUGCCGUGCUGGGUACCGGGCUGGAUGAAUUUUUUGUGAAAGUCUCUGAAGCUGUAGAUGAAUAUGAGAGGGAGUAUCGUCCAGAAUAUGAGCGUCUGAGAAAAUCAUUGGCGAAAGCCCAGAGCAAGCAGCAGAAAGAGCAGCUGGAACGUUUGCGGAAAGACAUGGGCUCUGUGGCUAUGGAGAGCAAUCCACUUGCAGAUUCUUCUGACACUUCUGCAUUGGGCCCCUCUGACUUGAUCAUGACACGAGGAACUUUGGAUGAAGAAGAUGAAGAGAGAGAGAGUGAUACUGAUGAUAUUGACCAUCAAGUCACUGAGGAAAGCCACGAAGAACCAGCCUUCAGAAACUUCAUGCAGGAGACAAGGAUGAAGUACCAGAAUAGAAGCAGCCACUAAGAGAGACUUUCAGAAGCAAAGCGCUGCAAAGCCUUCGACUGGCGAGAACAGCAAGAGCAAACUGUCCACCACCUUCUGUGCUGUGAAGACACCAGUGCAGCCUUGUAUGCAAUCUAACUUCUGUGAAGCACUUUCUCUGAUACUUAAAUAUCUGUACUUGAAAAAUCAGUUGGUUACUGUGAGCUGGAGUUCUAACUUCAGGUGUUUAAACUUUUGCCAUUGUGACUUUUAAAACAAAAUAAGGAUUGCGCUUUUCCCUUUUCUCCAAAUAGUUUUGCUCUGCCUUGUUGGGAACUUGAAUUCUUGAUGUGUCAGCAUUAUUGUCUGGAGUUUUGAUCCACCCCUGGGAAUUCAACACCAUCCCUACAUUCAAAGCUCAUGGUUUCUCUUGGGUGCAGGGGAUGGGUGAGACCUCUGCUGGAAGGCUCUUCUGAGAAUUGUCUCCAUUUAGUUAUGAUGGUGGCUCAAAUUAAGAGGGUUGGGGCAAUAGUCUUGUGUGAUAACAGCCAGAGCCUCAAUUUUAAAUAUAUUCCCUAUUAAAUUCUGCAACUAAAAUUUGAUCAGAGGCUAGAAAGGUCUUUUCAGGAACUUUUCUAAAUGGAGUUUUCUCUGAGUGACUGAAACAGGGUAACUGAAAUGUCACUGCAAUCCCAUGUUUGACAUUUUAUUUUGUUCUGUAAUUUAUUAUAAAGUAUUUUUUGCUAUUGA